AUGAUGGAAAUAGAGCAAGUGGGACCUCAAGAUUGCCAUAUGAAUGGUGGUGUAAGAAAAAUUCUCUUGGGAAAGUACGAGAUGGGGAGGUUGUUAGGACAAGGAAAGUUUGCUAAGGUCUACAGAGGAAAGAAUGUUGUGACCCAAGAAGAUGUUGCAAUCAAAGUGAUGCACAAGGAACAAGUGAAGAAGACAGGAUUAAUGGAGCAGAUAAAGAGAGAAGUCUCAGUUAUGCAUCUUGUGAAGCAUCCAAAUAUAGUGGAGUUGAAAGAAGUGAUGGCUACCAAAUCAAAGGUUUUCUUUGUAAUGGAAUAUGUGAAAGGAGGCGAGUUGUUUGCCAAAAUCAAGAAGGGAGGGCUAAAGGAAGAUCUUGCAAGAAAAUAUUUCCGACAAUUGAUUUUUGCAGUUGAUUAUUGUCACAGUCGUGGCGUUUCUCAUCGCGAUUUAAAGCCUGAAAACUUGCUUUUAGAUGAUAAGGAAGAUUUGAAAGUGUCCGAUUUCGGGUUUUCUGCUUUGCCUGAGCAGAACUGGAAUGAUGGCUUGCUACACACACAGUGUGGCACCCCUGCAUAUGUGGCUCCAGAGGUUCUAAGAAAGAAAGGUUAUGAUGGUGCUAAAGCUGAUAUUUGGUCUUGUGGGGUUAUUCUUUUCGUUCUGCUCUCAGGAUACUUGCCAUUUCGCAAUGAGAACGCAAUGAAGCUGUAUGUGAAGAUUUUAAAGGCUGAAUAUGAGUUCCCACCUUGGAUUUCAAAGGAUGCUAGGAGGUUAAUCUCCUCGCUGCUUGUUGUGGACCCUGAGAAGAGAAUCACAAUCCCUGAGAUAAUGAGAAAUACUUGGUUUCGAGAAGGUCUUACUCAAUCUAUUCCAUCUGCUAGUGAUUUAGAAGAUACUGAAAACGGUGUUAAAAGUGGAGAUCAAGAUGAAUUGUUAGGGAAUAUAGGCUUAAAGCAUUCACCGCCAUUUUAUAAUGCUUUUGACUUCAUAUCUUCAAUGUCAUCAGGAUUUGAUUUAUCUAGUUUGUUUGAGACCAAGAGAAGAAGGGCUUCAAUGUUCACUUCAAAAUCUCCAGCUUCAACCAUCCUAGCAACAUUGAAAUCCGUGGCAAAGAAGUUGAACUUUAGAGUGGCUGUGAGUGAGACAGAAUUUAAGGUAAAAAUGCUAGGAAAAGAGGAGGGACGGAAAGGGAAACUGGCAGUGACGGCAGAAGUGUUUGAGGUGGCAUCCGAGUUGGUGGUGGUCGAGUUCUCGAAAUGCUCCGGUGACACUCUAGAGUACACCAAAUUCUGUGAAGAAGAUGUUAGGCCUGCUCUAAAAGAUAUAGUUUGGAGUUGGCAAGGUGAAAAUGUUGAUUGUCUUGAAGACCAAAUAGGAACAAGUAAUUAG